AGCAGUGUUAGCUAGCCAACUGGACCCGUUUUAUUUCCAGCGUUCAUCACAACAACAGAGGAAGGAGAGCGACCAGCAGCCCUGUCAUUACCCGGGACAUCGAGGUGUCUUCGGGGCAAUGGAAGGGGAAGAGUUUGUUCCUCCUCCGGAGUGUCCAGUGUUUGAGCCGUCAUGGGAGGAGUUUCAGGAUCCUCUGGGCUACAUCGCCAAGAUACGUCCAAUCGCAGAGAAGUCUGGAAUCUGCAAAAUCCGACCUCCACAAGACUGGCAACCUCCGUUCUCAGUGGAGCUGGACACCUUUCGCUUCACACCCCGCAUCCAGAGGCUUAAUGAGCUGGAGGCGGAGACCAGAGUGAAGCUGAAUUAUUUGGACCGCAUCGCCAGGUUCUGGGAGGUCCAGGCGUCCUCGUUGAAAAUCCCUCAUAUUGAAAGACGCAUCCUUGAUCUGUUCGCGCUGUCGAGGAUUGUGACGCAUGAAGGGGGUUUUGAGAUGGUGUGUAAGGAGCGGCGCUGGGCUCGUGUUGCUCAGAGGCUCGGUUACCCUCCGGGGAAGAACAUCGGCUCUCUGCUGCGCUCGCACUUCGAGAGGAUCGUCUACCCCUUCGAGAUGUUCCAGUCUGGCUCCAGCUUGCCGCAUUACAAGCCGAAGCACUACGACGGAGAGGAGGUGGAUAAAGAGUACAAGCCUCACUCCAUCCCGCUGCGACAGUCUGUGCAGCCGUCCAAGAUGAGCAGCUACGGGCGCAGAGCUAGCCGCUGCCAGCCCGAUGUGAGUUACAGCUCCUUCACUUUCUCCUUUCAGUACGUUUACAUACCUGUGAGCAGGAACCUGACACUGAACUGGUCACUAAGGAUCACAAUUCCAUUAGUGACACAGAUGAUCAUCACCAUACGACCCGAUUUAAAAACAAAAUGGGAUUAGUGAAACUGCAUCUGUAAAAUAUUGUGUUUUUCCAACGGCAGACAGUUAUUCUAUCAGAGCAUGUUUCAAAAGUAAUCAAAUCUUCACUUUAUAGAAAAAUAGGUAGA